GAAUAUUUCCUCUUCUAAGUUAACUUCUGCGACACCAGACCUCGCUGAUCGUCGUUUGAGUAUCGAGCGUGUAUCCACGCGGGAAAUUGCCUGCGAACCUUUCAUCGGCAUUAUUUCUUUCAAGUGGUGAUGAUGUUGCUUCCCAAUUUACCACCCGCUACUGAAGGUAUUCGUCUUCGUCAGGAAAAUACGAAGGCGUUCAUGAACCAGAGGCCCUUGGGAGACGGAACUCUCGUCAUUGCUGAAAGUCGUGUGACAUGGGUUAAGGAUGGAGAUGAUACAGGAUUGUCAUUGGAAUAUCCUCAUAUUGCUAUUCAUGCUGUCAGUCGGGAUCCUGCAAGCUUUUCUUUCCCCUGUCUCUACCUAAUGAUAGAUGUAGAAAUGGAACCACGAGAAGAAGAAGACGAAGAUAGAGAAUCAGAUGAUGAAGAUGAGGCUGGAAUGACUGAAAUUAGAUUUGUACCAGCAGAUCACAUGGCAUUAGAACCCAUGUACAAAAAUCUCAGCGAUUGUCAGGCACUUCACCCUAAUCCAGAAGAUGUACAAUCUGAGGAUGAAAUAGGUGAAGAAAAUGAUGAUGAAGGUGAUUACAUUGUAAGUGACCCUGGACAAAAUGGCUUCCAUAUGUCAGGAACUUAUGAAGACAACAUGGAAGGUAAUUUAGAAAAUGAUGAUGGUGAAGCAAUGGAAACAGGACAGUUUGAUGAUGCAGAAGACAUAUGAAAUCUUUGUGUUCUCAGGGUAUCAGAAAUUUUUUAAUUAUUCAGAAAUGUAUAAUUUAAGUUCAAAUUAUAUCCUGGUUAGUGAAUAUCUGCAUUGAAUGUAUGCAUUAGACUUGCCAUGCACCAUUGAAUAUUAAGUAUUAAAAACAGUAUGAUUUAGUGACCAAAAGUGAUUAACAAACCAAAGUCCACUGUUUUUCUGUUUUAUAUUGCAGUACAGAAUGAUUUCAUUAUUAAGUUUAGAGGGAUUUGACUGCUCAUUGUUGUCGAUUGCAAUAUAUCCAGUAGACAGACUCAAGAUCUCAAGACAUGGCAUUAUGUUCAGCUUUAAAUUUGAUGUGACUUUUGAUACUGGAAAUAUGAGUCAGAUAACAGUAAUAACACUUCUUGAAGAAGGAUGAAGUUUUUUCUUAUAGAAAUUCCCAUUUUUGUUAUGGAGUCUAUUUUUAUACAGUUUCCUUUUUCUUUGACUGUUGUCGUUUUUCCAUAGAAAACAUUGAGUAGUUGAGAGCAGUCUCCAGUUUUCUGUGGUGUUUACAAAGACUAUUACAGUAAAAAGAGUUGAAAUAUUUAA